AUGGUUUGCAUUAGGGACGCAGAAGAUGCCAUCGCGUCCAAAAAGAUCGCUCCCUUGGUUGAAUGCGUUGAGAAGCUAUACCACGCCCUUUACGCGAGGCUUAUGAUGGAGCUUGUCAUGGUCGACCUAUGCUCUUGCUUCAGUAUCGAGGUAACACGCGUUUCUUCGCAUAACAACUUCAUGCUCCCUGAGCCACGCCACUUGUACAACAUAUUCUUGACUUGCAAGCAGAUCCUCGACAGCCCGACUGUCUGCAAGAUCUUUAACAAAGAAUCUGUUCGGAACUAUCAGGCUACUUUAGUCCACCGCGCUGUGACAAAGGUCAACAGCAUGCCGUUCGCCUUGGACGAUCUCAUCGGAUAUCGGAGAUUUACCCUUGGGAUUAUCGACAACCCGGAUUCUUCAUUUCGCCAGAAGUGGGCUGGGAGUGCCCUGAUUUACCAUAUGCCACCGCCAAAGGUCCUUAUCAUUCAUUCUGAGAGAUAUAUGUCCUUCACGCCGAGAAACACUUAUCAGUUUAUGAUCCCCCAGCAGCCCCUCCCUUUCAUUCAGCGGCACAAUGUCGACCCAGCAUUCACGGAAAGGGCACGUACUUCGGAUCACCGGCAGGCCGCGCUAGCCAUGCUUGAAGGCAAGACUGUGGGUGUUCUCCGCAACCAGGGCACCAUGCAACAGCUGAUCGAAUACGCCAAACGGAGAAAGUGUGUGUGCCAAUCGGCCUGCAGUUGCGGCCAGGAUUGUACCCAGGAUCCGGACCGUCUCUGCCCCUGCGCGGAGUGGAAUAUGAUCCUGUUACUGAGUCAGGUUAACGCAAACCGUGGGACUCUUGGAAUUCGCGACCGGUGCACGGUUCUUUCGAAGGCUGUGUUCCAAGAGCUUUCAUCCAUCCGGGAAGAUGUUGACGUCUUUGUGAUCGGAUUGGCCCUGAACCGGGCUGUUAGGAUCUUCGGCGAAGAGAUGCAGAAAGAAUUGUUUGCCGGCAUCAUUUAA